AUGUUGGAGGAAGAUAAGGAUGAGGCCUGCUGGAAUGACCUGGAGAAGUUCCGUGUGAAGCUGAUCUCUGUGAUCGACCCUUGCCGCCUGACGCCCUACCUUCGCCAGUGCAAGGUCAUCAGCCACGACGACGAGGAGCAGGUUCUCAACGACCCCAGCCUGGUCAUGCGCAAACGGAAGGCAGGCGUUCUUCUGGACAUUCUUCAGCGAACAGGACACAAGGGGUUUGAGGCAUUUCUGGAAAGUCUUGAGCUUUAUUAUCCACAACUGUACAAGAAAAUAACUGGCAAGGAGCCCAGUAGGGUUUUCUCUACGAUUAUAGACACUGCUGGGGAGUCCAGCCUGAGCCAGCUCCUGAUGAACGAGAUCAUGAAGCUGCAGAGCACGGUGCAGGAGGAGCGGCGGAAGGUGCAGGACCUCACCGAGUGGCUGCACAGCAAAGAGGACACCAUCAGAGAGAUGUGGGUGAGGGACAGCCUGCUCCACAAGCACCAGGAGAGGGCACAGAAGAUGAAAGAGGAGAGGGACAGCCUGAGCAAAGAGCUGCGGAAGUGCAAGGACGAGAACUACAGCCUGGCAAUGAGCUAUGCCAAGCAGAGCGAGGAGAAGAGCGCUGCCCUCAUAAAGAACCGCGACCUGGUGCUGGAGAUCGAUCGCCUGAAGCACAGCCUGAUGAAGGCUGAGGAUGACUGCCGGCUGGAGCGUAAGCACAGCAUGAAACUGAAACACGCCAUGGAGCAGCGCCCGAGCCAUGAGGUGGUGUGGGAGAUCCAGCAGGAGAAGCAGUUGCUCUUGGCCAAGAAUCAGGAGCUGGAGAACACUCUCCAGGUUGCCAGGGAACAGAAUUUGGAGAAGAGCCUCUCCAGUGAGACUUUGGAGAAUGACUGCAGCCAGAUGCUGGAAGAGCGCCGGGAGCUGCUGAACACCAUUUACAGCCUUCGCAAGCAGCUGCAGCGAGCUGAGGUGUUCCAGGACAAAUAUGCAGAGGAAAAAGAGAUGCUUGAACUACAGUGCACCUCUCUGAGGAAGGACUCCCAGAUGUACAAAAGGCGAAUCGAAGCUGUCUUACAGCAGAUGGAGGAAGUGGCUUCAGAAAGAGACCAGGCACUCCUGACUCGAGAGCAGUUCUACACACAGUACUCCAAGAGCCUGGUGGAGAGGGACGCUCACCGCAAGCAGAUCCGGGAGCUGGGGGAGCGAUGUGAUGAACUGCAGCUGCAGCUCUUCCAGAAGGAGAGUCAGCUACUGGCUACUGAAGCCAAACUGAAAAGGUUGCAGCUGGAGCUACCUACUCCGACCUCUGACCUGGAUGAUACCUCUUCCAGAGAUUCCCAAGAGCUUACUCUUCAUGGUCAUCCAGAUGAAGAUACACAACCAACUAAAAAAGAUUAUCCUGAAGGACAACCCCAGCAAUUUAACGCUGGAGAGAACAGUCUGCCUCCAAAGUCACCCAGUGAGUGUGGCUUAGCCAACGAGGAUCUGGCAGAAAAGGAGAGGAGGAGGAUGAAGGACUGCUUUGAGCGCUACCGAAGGUCUGGACUUUAA